CAUGUCACAUCUACACAUUGCUUAAAACAAUCCUCAGCACAUAUUCGGCUUCGUAUUUGCGCGCAGUCUGUGCCAACUAAAGUGGGUGAGGAUUUGGCCAGUCAUCACAAAAUUUUAUGUCGGUGCAGAAGAAAUUAGCCACCACAGAGCGUUUUAUUUUAGGAAACUAGCUGUUAAGUGAUUUAAAAGGGUGGCAACAAUGGCCAUGAACGGAAAGAAUGGCACCUACACAGCUGCUGUGCCAAGCAAGCACCCACAGAAACCUAAAGAGCAGGAGGGACGGGGACACUGGGGGACCAAAGCAGAGUUCAUCCUGACUGUGAUGGGCGCGAUCAUCGGACCUGGGAAUGUCUGGAGGUUCCCCUACCUGUGCUACAGAAACGGCGGAGGUGUCUUCUUUAUCCCAUACAUCUUGUUUAUGCUUACAUGCGGAAUCCCCUUAUUUUUCCUUGAGACUGCCUUAGGGCAAUACACCAGCCAGGGAGGAAUCACUUGCUGGAGAAAGAUUUGUCCGCUUUUCCAAGGCAUGGGCUAUGCCAGUCACUUAAUCAUCGCAUUCAGUGCAACCUCUUAUAUCAUCAUCAUUACAUGGGCGUUCUUUUACCUGUUCUUAUCCUUCGGUGCGGAAUUGCCUUGGGCGACAUGUGGACACGAGUGGAACACAGACUCAUGCUUGGACUUCAGCCAUUCAAAUCUGAGCCUCAGCUUGACAUCCAGACUCAAUGCCACUCUUCCUGUUGUGGAGUUCUGGGAGCGCCGGGUUUUGCAAAUCUCUAGUGGUAUCGAGGAGGUGGGCAGCUUGAGGUGGGAACUGGUCUUGUGUCUCAUCCUGACCUGGGUAAUCUGCUACUUCUGUGUCUGGAAGGGCAUCAAGUCCACAGGAAAGGCAGCCUUCUUCACAGCCACCUUCCCCUUCCUUAUGCUGUUGGUUUUGCUCAUACGUGGUGUUACCCUACCGGGGGCAAUGGAUGGGAUCAUUUACUACCUCUACCCGGAUAUCUCUCGCCUUUCAGAUCCCCAGGUGUGGAUGGAUGCUGGUACUCAGAUCAUCUUUUCUUAUGCCAUUGGCCUCGGGUUCCUAACCUCUCUUGGGAGUUACAACACUUACAACAAUGACUGUUACAGGGACUGUUUUUACUUGUGUCUGCUGAACAGUGCCACCAGCAUUGUGGCAGGCUUCGCCAUUUUCUCUGUUUUGGGUUUCAUGACAUACGAACAAGGAGUGGAUAUUUCGGAGGUGGCGCAAUCUGGCCCAGGAUUGGCUUUCAUUGUCUACCCACGUGCAGUAGCCAUGAUGCCCAUGCCUCAGGUGUGGUCAGUGUGUUUUUUCGUCAUGAUCAUUCUGCUUGGACUGGAUAGUCAGUUUGUUGGUCUUGAGUGUUUGAUGACAUCACUGUCUGAUCUGUUCCCAACUUACCUGCGUCAAGGCUGCAGACGUGAACUGCUUCUGCUGGCUAUCUGCUGUACCUGCUGUCUGCUGGGAUUCUCACUGGUCACUGAGGGAGGGAUGUACCUGCUCCAGCUGUUGGAUCACCACGUCUGCAGUGGCACCACCCUGCUCCUCCUCGCCCUCUGUCAGUCUGUCAGCAUUGCCUGGGUCUACGGUGCUGACCGCUUCUAUGGCAACAUCUCCGACAUGAUUGGUUAUCGUCCAUACCCAUUAAUGAAAUAUUGCUGGAGCUACAUUACCCCGUUCAUCUGCUUUGGCACCUUCAUCUUCUCUAUUGUUAAAUACUCUCCACUGAAAUUCAGCAACACUUAUGUUUAUCCACUCUGGGCCAACAUCUUGGGAUGGUUCAUUGCCACCACCUCCCUCUCGCUUGUCCCUCUGUUUGUGUUAUAUAAAAUAAUGCAGGGAAAAGGCACUCUUCGACAGCGUUUCUUGUUGCUCUGCCAGCCUAUUGACGACCUCCCCUUAGAUCAAAAAUGUUCUCCUGCACUGGGAACCAGUGACACCACUGCCCACACAGAGCUCAAACCUUCAUCCCACAUGGGAGAACUCAUUCAGUGAGCACAAAUAAGUUUUUCAGCUGAGAGUUGUACUGUAAACGAGUGUGUGGUCUUCUGGGCUCGUAUUCAUCAAACUUCUAAGAGACAGAAGAAUGCUCUAAAAAGAGACAGCAUUUUGAGUAAUGCUAUGUUGUUCCAAAAUAUGUUAUUUUUUUACGUCAGAAAGCAUUUGACAAACAGCUUUCAUUUUUAAGUUUGAGAGUUGGCGUAAAGGUAAGGACUGUUACUUUUACCUUUCACUGAAGUCCAAAAAUUCACUUUAAGCAGUUUAAUAAAUAUGGACCCAUGACUCAUCACUACAAUAUGGCUGUUGGAUUAACUUUAACACAAUGAAAGUGUCUCAUAUGGUAAAGAUGGGUUUUAUUUGUUGUUGAGAAAGUGGACUUGUUCAAGCAGUUACAGCUGUAAAUCCAUGACUGUCUGACUGAGUCAUGAAGUUACACCAUUGGUUGGCCGCUGUUGGAGUUGAAGUGUUGGUGGGGGUGUUUACGGGCAGUGUUGCCAACUUAGAAUGCAAAUACAACUCCACGAUGUCAUGAAAAUGCUAAUUAGCAUAUUUUGUCAUCUAGCAACAUUUAGCGACACCUCGCAACUUUUCAAGCACACUCUGACCAUAUGGGCUCCAGCCAUGUACUAAGUUUUGACCUAGUCUUGUAAUAAUCUUAUACCGAUUUUCCUUCUGUUUUUGUAACUUGAGCAAACUAUUGAUAAAAAUGGCAUUAUGGUAUGUGGGUUUUUUUUUUGUUGUUGUUGUUUUGUUUUUCUUUAUGCAUGAUACAUUAGCCCAUUUUGUAUUUUUAUUUUAGAACAUUUAUCGGUGAAGUUCUUUUAACUACUCACUGUUGUUGCAAACCUUGCUCUGUAUAGUGCUGCAGUAUAUUCAGUGCAUCUAAAUAUCACAUGUGCAAUGUAUAAAUCCUAUGUAGUACCAUAUACCUCUUUAUAUAACUUACCUCUUUAAACUAUGGUAAGUGCCUUACAAUAAUAAUAAGAAUUACAGUAAUAAAAUGUUGGUUAUUGUGAUAAAGAGCAAAAGAGUGAAAGACAUAACAAACACAUUGUUGACCUUCAAUUGACAAAAGUAACAACAGUUAUUUAAAUUUCAGUGGUUAAGUCUUUGCUGAUUUGUGAGGCGAAAAUGCCUCCCAGAGUGAAUUAAGACAUCUUAGAGAAAAAGUGAAGUGUAAGUAAUAGAUUUCUGUUAAUUAAAAAAAUAUAUUAUCUUUAAAAUCAGAGAAAUAUUUAGUUCAAGCACACUUGCAGCAGAGUCAGGCUCUUUAUGUGUGUAUGUGUGUGCAUGUGUGCGUAGGAAUGGGAAAAGAGAUAUACAAAACAAUUGUGUGUAUUAUUUUGGCCAUCUGACAAAAAAAAUAUCCUUGCCAAAGAUCAAACCUUGCAGGAGGACACAAGGUGUGACGCUGAGGAGAACUUGUGACCAAAUACAGAAGACAGGGUUGAUCAGAUGAUGUUGUAUUUCUCUGUCUGCAGCUAUCCUAUACAAGUGUGUGUAUAUGUAUGGUUUUCUAUUGCAUUGCUUAGAUUACUUCAGUAUCAUUUUGAGCACUUGGAAUUACUCUGUA